AUGUCUUUGAGCGAGCCAACGCGUUUCGCUCUCUCGCUUGGGCUGUACGAGGAUAUCAAAAAUAUGUCCAUCCCUUGCAACAGCGCGGAUAUGUACAACGCAGAUGGGAAGUUUCUAGGAUCUCUCGACGCGAAUGAUACCGUGCCCAUUGUCGGAUACAGCCAGGUGAUCUUUGCACGGCCGAGACUAUAUGAACUGUUGCUGAAGCAGGUCCCUUCCGAAAAGAUCACUCUCCGGAAGAAGGUCCUCAGAACAGAGGAAAAGGAGGGCAAGAUGCACAUCUACUGCUCAGACAACACGUCGUAUGAGGGCGACAUCCUAGUCGGAUGCGACGGUGCCUACAGUAAUGUGCGCCAAAACAUGUUCCAACAGAUGAAGGCCAAGGAUCUCCUACCUGCCGUGGAUGGGGAGGAUAUGGCGAUUGGGUUCGUGAGCAUGGUCGGCGUGGCAGACUCGCAGGACUUGAAAAAGUAUCCACAACUCAAGGACCCAUUUUGUCACUUUUCGUGCGCCCUUGGCAAGGACAACCGCAGUUGGGGUGUUUGCAACGUCGCAGACAACCAGGUCUGCUGGGGUCUCAACAUCCAGCUCUCGGAACAGGAAGCCAAGGUUCAACGCUUUCGCAAUUCAGAGUGGGGACCAGAAUCGAUCGAGACGAUGAUCAAGGAGUUUCAGGAUGUGCCGUCGCCUUGGGGAGGUACCAUGGGCGAGUUCAUACACGCGACACCUAAGGAUUUGAUUUCAAAAGUCUUUUUGGAGGAGAAGCUCUUCCAGACCUGGUAUCAUUCGCGUACCGUACUUCUUGGAGAUGCCUGCCACAAGAUGUUGCCAGGUGCUGGACAAGGUGCUGUGAGCGCAAUGCAGGAUGCUGUGGUGCUCGCCAACUGCAUCUACAACAUGAACGAUAAGACCCCGGAAAGUCUUACGGCCGCUUUCAAGGAUUAUCGUGAGCAGCGUUUCGACCGAGUCAGCAACCAGUACAAGGCAAGCAAGGAGAUGUCCAAGAUUCUGUCUGGUCAGACAUGGUCAGAGCGAUUCUUCCGCUAUAUCAUCCUCAAUUGGAUUCCCAGCUUCCUUCAGAACCAGCAAUCGCUCCUGGGACUUGACUACCGUCCACAAAUUGCAUGGCUGCCCCUGGCUGAGAACCGAGGAACAGUGUCCGUACUUCCCCAGCAAGGAAAGAGGGAACCGUUGGCAGAACAGGCAUCUGCAUUGUGA